AUGGCAUACCACUGUGUGCAGUACUGGCGUUAUGACAGUGAGAACGAUCAGGUGUUCACUGAAGACUCAGACGGCCGCUCGUAUCCUCGUCUGAUCUCUGAAGGCUUUCCCGGCGUGUCUGGACCAGUGGACACUGCAUACUACGACCGGAGGGAUGCUCACAUCUACUUCUUCAAGGGCUCACAGGUGUUCAGGUUUGAUGUGCGCGCGAACCGCUUGGCUUCUUCUUCCCCACAAAAAAUCACAGAGGUGUUUCCCGCCGUUGUCCCUGGUAACCAUCCCCUCGGUAACCUGGAUGCUGCGUAUUUCUCAUACUCGCACAACACGGUGUUCCUGCUGAAGGGCUCGUGGUUCUGGCGGAUGGUGAGCGGCAGAGAUCGCAGACGGAGCGUCUCGCUGCCACCAAACAGCCUGAUGCCCCGCAGAGAUGUGGAGCAGCAGUGGUUCGACAUCUGUGACGUUCACCAGAGCUCUCUGAGAACCGCGCGCAGAUGAUACUGUACUGUAUGAGGAAGGCUGCAGCAGAUUUUAUACCAGCAGGAACUGAACGAACGCUGAGAGCAUGAGGACGUUCAUCUGAAUCUGGGAUUCCCAGAUGAGCUCAAAUAUAUAAUUAAAGUCUCCUGAGGUUUAAGUUAAAGAAAUAGUU